ACCCGGAAACGGAAGUGAGGAGAGGGUCUCCAUUGAUAGUGGGCAACGGAAUAGUUGCACACGCGUGUCGGCGGUUUCGUGAACGGCGGCAUCAUGAGCCUCUUAAACAAGCCCAAGAGCGAGAUGACUCCGGAGGAGUUGCAGAAGCGGGAAGAGGAAGAAUUCAACACCGGGCCCCUUUCUGUCCUCACACAGUCUGUCAAAAACAACACUCAGGUGCUGAUCAAUUGUCGUAACAACAAGAAGCUUCUGGGGCGUGUCAAGGCCUUUGACAGACACUGCAACAUGGUGUUGGAGAACGUCAAGGAGAUGUGGACGGAGGUGCCCAAGAGCGGGAAAGGCAAGAAGAAAUCAAAGCCUGUCAACAAGGAUCGCUACAUCUCCAAGAUGUUCCUGCGCGGAGAUUCGGUCAUCGUGGUGCUGAGGAACCCGCUUAUUGCCGGCAAGUAACAAGCCGUCGGAGGUCGCAGCCAAAGGCAUGGAAGCUCCAGAGCCCGGUCACUAUCUUUGAGGCCACCUACCAGAGACUGGUUUAGAUUUAGCCACUGGAUUGGCACAUCGGCCACUACUUCCAUAACCGGUCCUUAUUCCAUGAAAUUUCCUUUCCUGAAGAGCUGAGGCCGUUGAGCCACAUUUCUCAAAGAACUGGCUGGUGUUCCGUUCUUGAAUGAGUUCCGCUCAAGAAGUUGGGGGAAAGUCCUAUAUAUUUUCUCCUGCAUUAAGUGAUGAGUUUGCCCUGCCUAUCG